AUGUUUCUCGAGCGUCUACAGGCGCCCCCCGCUGCGGUGGCGGGGGCACUGUUUGGGCUGGCGCUGAUGCUGCUGGUCGAUGGCAUCAUCACGGCGCAAAGUGAGGCGAACGUGACGCACCACACCUCCUUUAUUCUGCUUAUGCCCGCCAUUUUCUCCCUAGUUGGCUUCCUUGCGAUGAUCCUCGUCUCCCCUGUUGAGGUCAAAAACGAUGUACUGAGGGCCAAAGCCGUGCUUUUCAUUGGAUGGAUUCUGUGCUUUGGCUCCGCCGUCGGCGCCCUUGUGCUGUGCAAGUUGAAGUUCACGGGGUUGCAGGAGCGUAGACGCUCCGUUCCGGGGGUGGCGCUGGUGGGAUUCACCAGCCUUAUGCCGCUCACCGGCUCCAUUCUUUGGUGGGGCAGGCAGUCCUCGCUGGACGACUAUUAA